AUGCCUAGCUUUUUCUCAGUCCCAGGUCCUAUCAAGACAAUCUUUGAUAGCUUUCCAUUGGCCAUAUAUCCGGCUAUUUCAAAGCAGGAUGAUUCAAUGAGCGGCGAGAUAAGCCGGCGAAAGUUCGCGUUCCAGGGUUCUAAUGCCCGUCAGGAUACCCCAAACAACACGUUUAUGCUGGGAGUGUACAAUGUAUUUGCCGAACUCGAGUCCGGUUGCCUGCUGGCCACCGAUCCUUUAUGUCUAUACGCCCAAUUCGCGCUUUGCAAGAAGAACGCUCUGGGCUUACCAAACGGCUCCACUUGCGAAGGAAGAGGUUACCCACAUAGCAUUGCGUUACUGUCCCACGCAGCCAGCGCCAAGGAAUCGCUACCGAUUCUUGUUGAAGGAUUCAGCAAGAGGAGCAUCAGAUCUGCCGAGGGGAUUGACGAGAUAUUAAGAACACGCGUCUCUCACGAUGCAGAACAGUUGAUGUACAUCACGAUGCUGGACCAUGUCGUGUACGACUGCUGGAUCAUCCAAGUUCUCUACCACACGACAGAAGAAGAGUUUUUGCGGCUGUAUUCGCACGAUCCCAAGAGCACAACGGCCCUCUUGGGCCACCUCGCCAUAGGCAACAUGAAGCUAGCGCUUGUCAAGCGAAAUGAAUUUCAUUUACGUCACAAAGAGCUUGUCAAGAACAUUGAGUCUCCCCUAAACGUUUACAAGGCUCGUUCAUUGAACCACCUUCUGAAGCCAAUCUUUGACAAAUGCAAGAAGACGCUGCUACAAUUCCAGGAUAUCAUGUCUGAUCCAUCGCUUCGGUCUACAAAGGAUGUCUCUCCGACCUAUUUAGAGCUCAAAAUCGCCAGCUACAUUCUAUGCAUUUUGAACCUUGACGAAAUGGCGCCGCUCAGAGCUUUUGUCGAGAACCAAUGUCAAGGACUCACAAAGCAGGCGAAACUGACGGUCCAAAAACUACAGAAGGCUGCGCUCAAUUGA